AUUCUCACUUUCAAGCGCACGCCUUCUAUUGGUGGUUGUGUGCUUACCAAAUUAUUUUCUGCCCACUACAGCGAAAAUGAUGAACUACUCAGUUGUUCUGCUACUUUUUGCCCUAUGCUCAAUUGUUGCCGCCUCACCCAUGUGGUUCGACGAAGAGGAGCCGAUGAAUUUAAGAGCGUUCCGUGUAAUGCCUAAUCAAUUGGACUCAAUCGAUGCAUCCAGGAGACUUCUGAAACGUGCAAGUAUGUUUAACAAGAGAAGAGGACGAGAACUUUUCGGAAAACGAUCUCUCCCAAUUGAGUAUCCAGAUGAAACUGUGAUGUACGAGAGCAGAUUCCGACGACGUGCCAAUGAACUUUUCGGUUAAAAUUAUUUCUUGAAAUUUGCUCUCUCCCUUUUUGUGUGUGUGUAUUUAUUUUUAAUAUCAUUUUUUCUAUAUAUUUUUAACAUUGCGAUGCGGCGAAACGAACCAAAUAUUUCAAUUAAUUAUUUUAUACUUUUUGGUAAUAACUUCUCGACUUGAAAUAAAUGGGCUUGUGAAU